UUUUUAAAUCCAUAAAAACCUCAAGCCUCCCGAAUCCCCAUAUCAUCUUUCCUGAGAUUUCCCACGCGCUGAGCGGCACGUUCUCUGUCUCUCUUCACCUUCAGGAGCAAAAGGCCAAAGCCAGAACCUGCCUGCCCUCCGCAUCCUCUUCUCUCUUUAUAUUAUAGCUCACAAAACCUCUCUGCACUUUCUCUUCACUGCUCUAUAGAGCUUUUCAUUCUCUGAGAAUCUCAAAUUGUUUUGUUUUAGUUUCUUGUUUCUUUGUUUUCUCUGGUUUCUUACCUGCCAAAAGGCAACCAUGUCAAUCCAGGCGAAACGGCACCGCAUAGGCUACGCACUGGCGCCAAAGAAAGUGCAGAGCUUUAUCCAGCCCUCCCUCAUUAGCCACGCGAGUCGCCACAACGUCGAUCUGAUCGCCAUCGAUCCUUCAAAAUCCCUAAUUGAACAAGGGCCAUUUGAUUGUGUCAUUCACAAAUUGUAUGGCCUAGAUUGGAAGCUGCAACUGGAGAAGUUCUAUUUGGAAAACCCUAAGGUUCCCAUUAUUGAUUCUCCUGAUUCCAUCGAGAGGCUGCACAAUCGAAUUUCUAUGCUCGAAGUUGUCAGUCGGUUAAAUAUACCUAAGAGAAGCCAAGUGUUGGAUGUGCCUAAACAGGUUGUUGUUUUGGAUUCGGAGAAUUUGAAGGGAAAUGGUGUAGUUGGGGAGAUAGGGUUUCCUUUAGUAGCGAAACCAUUAGUAGCUGACGGGAGCGCAAAAUCCCACAAAAUGUAUCAGAUUUUUGACAGUGAAGGGUUGAAGAGGCUAGAUGCUCCUAUUAUAUUGCAGGACUUUGUGAACCAUGGUGGCGUGAUUUUCAAAGUUUAUGUGGCUGGUGACUACGUGCAAUGUGUAAAGAGGAAGUCAUUGCCUGAUAUAUCCCAGGAGAAAUUAGCCACAUUGAAGGGCUCCUUAUCAUUUUCUCAAAUUUCGAAUUUGACUGUGCGAGGGAAGAAUGAGGGCUUUGGUGAUGUAGUUGAUCUUGAGAAAGUGGAAAUGCCGCCGUUGGGAUUUGUCGAGGAGAUAGCCAGGGCAAUGAGGCGGGAAACGGGGCUUAAUUUGUUCAACUUUGAUGUUAUUAGGGAUGCUAAAGAUAGGAAUAGGUAUCUUGUCAUUGAUAUAAACUAUUUUCCGGGCUAUGCCAAGAUGCCAAAUUAUGAGUCUGUUUUGACAGAUUUUUUCCUGGAUCUUGUCCACAAUAACAAUAGUAGAGAAAUGCUUACUGGAAACAUUGAGGAUGGAGAGCAGGAAAGCUAUAUUGGUGGGCUGAAGGGAAACAAUGAUUGAGUUUGCUCAAUGAAUUCUUCUUCUAAAGUAUGGAUGUCUUCCUGGUUGAAGGGUUCAGUCAUCUUCUGCCUUUGGAAGCCUGUUUGGCAUUUCGUGCUUAUUAUGUACAUCCCGUCUGCUGCCAAAUAUAGGUACUUUUUAAGUACUUGACGUUUCAGGAAGGCCAAAGUUUGAAGGAAAAAUCUGUUGCCAUUGUUGCAAACCUUGUGGUUGUCUGCAGAAAUGUUGGGACGGUUGAUGCAAAUUACCUUUUCUUCUAUAUUUUCCUUUGCCUUGCUUUGUUAGUGUUUAGUUCACUUUUGACUUUUGCUUUUACCAUCAAUCUUCAUCAGUGUUGCUUGUUUUGUUUUUCUGUCUAUAUUUUAAUUUCCUUAAGAGCAAUGCUGUAGAAAUGACUUUCUUGACAUCAUGUAGUUAAAUACCUGUUAACUGACUAGUUUGCCCGGAAAUCAUUUCCAGGUGAUAAUCACUGGUUCUAAUGCUUUGAUUAUGAGACUUUAGUUUAGGAAAUGGCCGUAUCCGGUUUUUCCAUGAGUGUAACAUUUUGAAUAUGAAUAAUUAUUUAUUUUUGUGUUGA